GAUCUCAGUUUCACAGAUCAAUAUUUUUCGUAAAUCUGAAGCCUUUUUUGCUUCACCUUCGCAAGUGUGACGGCGCACCCAAUAUCUUUCAAUUGAUUCAUGUCGAUGCUGAGCACCGUGUUGCACGUCCUGUGCGCAAAACAAAGCCAACAGCCACCCUCCUUCAGCAUGCCGAGAAGGCAGCGUUGCCAUCCCAAACCAAGGCGAUCAACGAGUUCCACGCUGCAGAGGCUGCUAAGCGCGCUGCUGAACGUUUGUCCCCUGAAACCACAGAAUCUCCAUCUACCUCUCCCAUACCACCAUCGCCAUCUGCUGUCGACACCCACAAAAGGUUGCACCCUGAAGACUCUGACAGGGAACCUAGUGAUGAUGAGCGUGAAGACGCAUGUACUAAUCCCAAGCCUCAAAAGCAGCGCAAAACGGCCGCUGUCCCAACUGAACCAGAAUUGGUUGACGCUGACGGUAUUCUAAUCGACAUCGACGUUCAAUCUCUCACGGAAGUUGAACCAGUGUUGACGCAAGAAGCCAAAACUGCCGACAUCAAUGCUUUCUUUGGUGCUACCUUUGAUCACGCAGGGGCCAAAGGGAAGGUGAAAAAGCACAGAAAGUGCAAGACGUGCCC